UGAUGACACAGGGCACCCAUGCCUGUCGAGGCCCUCUGGCUCAGGUUAUUAUUUAAAACCCAACUGCCCUUCCCCACUCCAAGGAAAGGUAUCCCUCCUUCGAAACGAAAUCCGACACCACUGUGUAAACCCCGCUCUUUGUUAGUCCGUUAUUUUUGCCCUCUCCGCAGCUAACAUGCAAACAAGGUGUUUUUCCAUCUAGCCUGAGGCACUCCCCACCCUCUUAUAGGGGUGUGACUUUGCAUAUUCUUUAGGGCUACAGUCAUACUUGUAGCACAGUAGAAGCAGACUUAUGGAAUAUUGAUAAAGAAACAGUGUCUAUGGUGGUCUGCGAAGUUAGGAGACAAGAGGAUUACCCCCUUUGAGAUUGUAAUGGUACAGCCCCACUGGCACAACAACGGACAACCCCCAGGCUGACACAAUACGUUCAGGACAGGUUACUUACUAGUGCGACAAGCCUUGGAAUUAUUGAAGGAGACGACUAUGCUUUCAAGGACAUAUUCUUUCCGAGGAGCUUUCAAAGAAUGUCAUGAUGAUGUUCGUCUGGAAAUCAAGGAACGGGGACCUUAGGACGAUUCCGGAUUCUACACCUGAUUUCGGGAAGUGUCACGACUCAAAUCAUGCUGAUAGAAAUGGCAGCGUUUGGCUCAACCACGCUAGAGAGGAGGACAACGUCGUCGGCUUUGAUGACAGCAAUCCAACUGGGGAUCUCACAUUCCAUAGGAGGCCUGAGUUCCAAACCAGAGAGAGACCUUCUGAUCCAGGACUUCUCAGUAGUGGAGAGUGUCUUCUUCCCUGGUGAGGGCAGUAACCUGACCCCAGCCCACCGCUGUCCAGACUUCAGAUUUAAGACGUACGCUCCCAUGGCAUUCCGUUUCUUCAGACAACUCUUCGGGAUCCAGCCGGACGACUUCUUGAUCUCUCUGUGCAGUGAGCCCCUGAGGGAACUCUCCAACCCAGGUGCCAGUGGGUCCCUCUUCUAUCUGACUGCAGAUGACGAGUUCAUUGUCAAAACUGUGCAACACAAGGAGGCCGACUUCUUACAAAAACUACUCCCGGGAUAUUACAUGAACCUAAACCAGAACCCGAGAACCCUGCUGCCCAAGUUCUUUGGUCUGUACUGUUACCAGUCUGGAGGGAAGAACAUCCGUCUGGUAGUUAUGAACAACCUGCUGCCCUCCACCAUCAGAAUGCACCUUAGAUAUGACUUAAAGGGCUCCACUUACAAGAGGAAGGCCUCCAAAGCGGAAAGACAGAAGCCCAACCCUUGUUUUAAGGAUCUGGACUUCAUGGAGGACCAUACUGAGGGAAUUCUGCUGGACUCAGACAACUAUACUGCAAUGAUGAAGACAAUAGCUAGAGAUUGUAGGGUUUUAGAGAGCUUCAAAAUCAUGGACUACAGCUUGUUGCUGGGCAUCCAUAACCUGGACCAAGCAGAAAGAGAAAAAGCUUCUGGAUUGGAAGGUGCGGAGGCAGCCGACCCUUACUUGUUCGCCACUCCUAUCCAGGCUACCCCAUUGGUUGGUUCCGCAGCCUCUCCCAGUGGCGAGUCAGAGGGAGCCUCCGUGUCAGAGGACAGAGGUCAGGAGUCAGAAAACACAGGUGCAAUAUCGUCAAACCAAAUUUGGGACCCAUCUACUGAGCAGAAUGCACAAAAUGGGGACUGGAGGUAUUACGAUUCCUCUGAUGGGGAAUCAUGGGGAGAGUCCAGUGAGGAUGAAGGAAGGGGGAAGAUGGACCGUCAGAAGUCCCUGUACAGACACAAACUUACCCACACUGCAAUGGAGUCCAUCCAGGGGGAGUACAAGGCGCCGCCGGUCGAGCCAGCCGACUAUCACCACCUGACGGAAAAUACUUCGCAGUUAGAGGUCUUCUGGAGUUUGCAAGAUGACAGCAUAUGGGGAGGUAUUCCUGCCAAGAAUGUGAAAGGAGACAGGCUACUACUUUUCCUGGGUAUCAUAGACAUUCUGCAAUGUUACAAGUUAAAAAAGAAGCUGGAGCACAGGUUCAAAGCGUUUGUCCACGAUGGUGACACAGUAUCCGUGUGCAGACCAGCCUUCUACGCAUCAAGAUUCCAGAACUUUUUCUGUCAGACAGUUUUUAGAAAAAUUCAAUCCGUGCCUCGGGGAAGUAUAGCGACCCAAACCUCAAUCUUUCCUCCCCCUACAGCGCUGAAGCAUUCCCCGUCAAAGAAGAAGGGCGCGGUCGGGCCUGCAGGCAUUCUGGGAAGGCCACGGUCGGCGACAGGUGCCUCCAACGACAGGGAUGAAGAUUACUCGGCUGGAGCAACAAGUUUACCCGCGCUGGAGGAGGUCAAAAGUAGACCAGACAUUGUCCCCAGUACCCCACCCUCCUUCGAUGACGUUGCCUCCACACCGACAUCGAUAGAAACGCCGUCAACAAUGUCACCAGCACUCUCAGAAGCCUCUCCCAGAAAACACACUUCGUCAACCUCCACACUCCCAAUUAGAACAGUAGAAGUGGAGAUCACGUCAGAGGGGUCGGAGGCAGCGGCGAAGUCAGAAUCAACCUCUGCUGCAUCCAGAAGAGAUAGACAAAAUUUGAGUGUUUCGUCGGAACCGUCGUCAUCACUGCACCCGAGCACGUUGUCGAGCGAGUCGACCCUGGCAGACGUAGACACUGACGACAUCACCAUUACAGAGAUACUUGACUCCUUCCCUUACCCACCGCCCGACUCCCAUAGUCUGCGAGGUGCACAAAGUCGGCAGCUAGUCGGUCGGCCAGUUCCCAGAGGCAUUAACCUACCGAGCAAGGGGUCGCUACUCAGUUCUGUUUACCAUGCAACAAAAGUUUGACGGAAAACUGUUUCUCUCUUUGAAGAGUAUUGCUACACAAAUUUGAAGCUAAAAUUUACCAUUUUGUGUAUGUCAACUGAAAAACACUUUGUAAGGCUGGCUACGUUGAAGAAGCUUGUUCAAAGUUUGAACUGCACAUGUGCAGUGUAAGGCAUUGUGGGUAAUACGUAAGUUGAAGGGCCCUGACAUACACAAACACAUCUGGACAUGUAUCAAGCAUGGUCUUGAUGUGUUAGGGGCUUUCACCUUUGACCUGCACAUGAGUGGUUCAAACUAUGAACUUCCUUAUUAGCAACCUUGAAUGUGAUUUCAGUGGCAUGUGUUAGUGAUAUGCUAUUCUGAUAUUGGUGAUGUUCUUGAACUGUAGCAAAAUGGCUCAAAUUAAAUCCAGUCACAUGACUCAAGAUAAAGAUUUGAAAAUUAAAUUUAGACUCACUGAUUGAAAUACAGUUUCAUAUUUGAUGAUAUUAUGCUGUAUGCAAUACUACAUCUUCCUUUCAAGACCAUCUAAUACCUGUCCUCAAAUGAAACAAAACAAAUCAUAAUCAUUCAAAAUCAAAUACUAGUUGAAUCAGAUUUUGUGCACCUUGUAAUCAUGAGAUUGUCACAUUGAUUAAUACUACUCCCUGUCCUUCCCCUUUCCAAAUUGCUCUGAUUUUUCAUAAAUUUAUGCAUUUUUCUUCUUAUUUUGUAUCACAAGCCUACCUGAGAACAAGAUAUGGGCUGACAAGGUCUUCAUCCAUUUUUUCUCCAUCAUCUAACAAAUUGCUACAUAUUUCUUCCUGUGAAUCAUGGUAGUUAGGAUGAAUUUGAUGCAAUUAAUUUGCUUGUCUGUCAUUUUUCCUACCUGGGCACCCCCUUUUUAAAGUGAAAGUGUCCCAAGUCUGUGAAUCGAAUACUUAUCCAUUGGGAUAUUCCACUGUUUUAUAGGGGGUGUGCAGUGGUAUUGUUUCUGCCUCUCUUCUGUGCUAAUUCCCUGUUCUUGCUUUUCUCUGUCUCUUUGCAGUGAAUGCAAGCGUCAUUUUGCAGAGUUACUCGUAGGAAGACAGCAGAAUCAUGGUCCUUUGCUUUUUUCAGAAUGACACCACUGUCUGGAUCCUUCCGAUAUGAACUAUUGCAGUUGAUAUACCCUGGGAUUGUUUCCCAAGUUUAUCUGUCAUUUUGUCAACAAGCUGUAAACAAAAAUGUCCAUAUACAAAACUGACCAUCCACCAAGGAAAACAGUUCAUCCAUAGUGAGAAACAUUGUUGUCCUCGCUAUGUGAGAAAUAUAUUGAAAUGUAGCCAAAUCAAACAACAACCUUUUACAGAAACUUCUUUUGGGAGUGGAAUUAUGGGGACGACACUUUGGGGAACAACACUUGUUGGGAAUUGAUCACAACAGAAGAAAGUAACAAGACAAACUAUUAGAGAAAAAGUUCUCUAAUAUUAUUGUAGGUUGAUUUUUGUUCCGUAUUUUCUGUGUUCAGAAAGCCAACAAGAGAGACCCGUCUGUUGAGCUCACCCCUGAUGUGCUUUAUUUCUUACGCCAUGGUUCUGAG